AUGGCGCUUCCCAUGAAGAACACGGCCAUGAAGAAGGCCAUGAAGGCCAGCCCCAUGAAGGCCAAGACCAUGCAAGCCAUGAAGGUCAUGAAAAAGAAGAAGGCAGUGUCCAAGAUUGCCCACGGCAAGCUGGCAAAGAGCGCGGUCUUCAAGGGAAAGAAGGAGAAGACGUCCACAGGCCUGAAAAAGUCGGACCUGAUGAAGAGCAAGCGCGGAAGGGUUGUGACUAAGAAGCAGCAUGCCAAGGGCAAGGCCCUGUUUCAGAAGUACGCCCAGCGAUGGCUCGAUGCCGUCAUGAAAGCUCGCAAGGAGCUGGGCAUCAAGGGCUUUUGUGCAAUUGGCGGCAAGAACGCCCAAGGGAAGGCGCUUUAUGCCAAGGCCAAGGCAUUCUAUGCUGAGGCCUGA